GUUCAGUACACAUGUGAGUGCCUGGCUGCUCUGCUGUUGCCAUGCCCCAGCACUCGCUGCCCUAAGAAGCGAGUUACACACCGUGGGGUAAGAAACCAAAAGCAACCUGCCUUUAUUGAAUUCUCAAGAACACAGUCGACCCUCUGCUACAUUACCAAGAUGCAUUAGGAAACUGGAUCCAGUGCCAAAAGAACUCCAUGAGUUUCCAUGACUCUCUUGAACUCCAACGCCCAUACUUUUGGAUAUAAAUUUCUGUUCUAAGGAGAAGAGUGUGUAGUCCAGCUGCUUGCUGCCAGCUUGCUGGCAGAGGUGUUUCACUAAGAUCAUGGACCAUCCCACUAGGGAUAAGGAUGACAGGCAGCGGACGACGAAGGGAAUGCCGGGCAGGAGUGGGCACAGUUCUCGGCCGAGCUCGUCCGCGUCUUCCGGCGUUCUUAUGGUGGGACCCAACUUCAGAGUGGGCAAGAAGAUUGGCUGUGGGAACUUUGGAGAGCUCAGACUAGGUAAAAAUCUCUACACCAAUGAAUAUGUAGCGAUCAAACUGGAACCAAUUAAAUCCCGGGCACCACAGCUUCAUUUAGAAUACAGAUUUUAUAAACAACUUGGAAGUGCAGCUGAAGGGCUCCCCCAGGUGUAUUACUUUGGACCAUGUGGAAAGUACAAUGCCAUGGUACUGGAGCUGCUGGGGCCGAGCUUGGAGGAUCUGUUUGACCUGUGUGACAGGACGUUCACCCUGAAGACGGUGUUGAUGAUCGCCAUUCAGCUGAUCUCCCGGAUGGAGUACGUGCAUUCCAAGAACCUCAUCUACCGGGAUGUCAAGCCAGAGAAUUUCCUCAUUGGCCGGCAGGGCAACAAGAAGGAGCACGUCAUUCACAUCAUAGACUUUGGAUUGGCCAAGGAGUACAUUGACCCAGAAACCAAAAAACACAUUCCCUACAGGGAGCACAAGAGUCUCACUGGAACAGCGAGAUACAUGUCCAUCAACACGCACCUUGGCAAAGAGCAAAGUCGUCGAGACGACUUGGAAGCCCUUGGCCAUAUGUUCAUGUAUUUCCUCCGAGGCAGCCUGCCCUGGCAAGGACUGAAGGCUGACACCUUAAAAGAGAGAUAUCAGAAGAUUGGGGACACAAAGAGAAACACUCCAGUUGAAGUUCUCUGUGAGAACUUUCCAGAGGAGAUGGCCACGUACCUCCGCUAUGUCCGGCGAUUAGACUUCUUUGAGAGACCAGACUACGAUUACCUGCGGACCAUCUUCACAGAGCUGUUUGAAAAGAAAGGCUACACCUUUGACUACGCCUACGACUGGGUUGGCAGGCCAAUUCCUACUCCCGUGGGAUCUGUCCAUGUAGAUUCUGGGACCUCUGCAGUGACAAGGGACAGCCACAUCCACCGGGAUCGACCAUCACAACAGGCCCUUCGCAAUCAGGCGUCAUCGGAUCGCAGAGGAGAGUGGGAGAUCCAGCCGAGCCGGCAGACAAAUACCUCGUACUUGACAUCUCAUUUGGCUGCAGAUAGACAUGGAGGAUCAGUGCAGGUGGUGAGCUCAACCAACGGGGAGCUGAACGUGGAUGACCCAACAGGAGCACACUCCAACGCCCCCAUCACAGCACAGGCCGAGGUGGAGGUGGUGGAGGAAGCUAACUGCCUGAAAAUGCUCAACUUGUGGUGCUGCUGCUUUUUUAAGAGGAAACGGAAGAAGACGGCUCAGCGUCACAAGUGACCGGUGCCUCCUGGGCCUUGCAGGAACCACCACGCCUGCAGCUCCUGCCCUGUCUCACUGGAAGGGGCUUCUCUUUAGGAGGGAGGAGGAGGAGGCAUAGGAGGAAGAUAGAAAAAUGAAAACAAACAAAAAAAAAAAAUCCAAGUGACAUUUUAAACCAAAAAGAGAAGAAAACGUUCCAAAACAAACCACUCUGGGGUAGA